AAAUACUGGUUUGCAAUCUGCCGAGGAAAGUGAAAAACAGUGUGCAUGCAGAAUGAUCAGAAACAGGGAAGUGGAGAGUCAAGUGUAAUCUAUUUUUGCCUUUACAUGCAUCUUCAGCUCCGUAUGAGGUGUUUCGGAUAGUGCAUGCGAUGUUGACGGAGCGCGAGGAGCUGCUAGGAAACAUCGGAGACUGAACACCGCAGAGCACGAGCACAGGUAAAGUUUGAGGAGUUUUAACACACGGUGGUAUCAAUUCAUAAUUUAAAUGACACAGUGCCACUUUUUAUUCAACCGUUUUUAACUUAACAGUAUUAAUAAACAACAUUGUAUCAACGUUGUUCACUGUUUUGAAGCCUAAAUGUGUAGAAGUAACCUGACAGAGCUCAAGUGAACUUUAACCUUUAGGCUGCGCGCACCGGAAGUUCCACACUUUCAGAGGCGAUUUAAAAUUACAGAGGAUAAUAAAUUUAUGCUGUUUUUGCUGUUCUAGGAAAGAAGAUAAUGAAAAGACUAAAAAAUCAAGUAACAAUUGUAAUAUUCAACACGUAUUUUUUCUGCCAUGUUUAUUCACCUGUGUUGUGAAAUAUCAGGUGUCUGUGGUUGACGAGCAGUCAUGGCUGAAGCAGGAGCCCACCUGACCUCCACAGCUGUGAAUGAGGAGCCCUCCAUCUUUGAGGUCCUGGCCCAGGAGUCUCUGAUGGAGGCUGUGAGACCGGCUCUGAGACACGCUGUGAAGGUGAGGGGCACUCACUCAUCAGGAAACCUUGUUUAUACUGGACACUGCACAUUUUAUAGGUUUGUAGGGGAGAGUGGGGUAAGUUGAGCCACCCUCUCUUGCCUGGAAAUGGUCAAAGAAACUGAUCAUGUGACCAAAUAUUUAGGAGAUGGGCAUCAAUUCAUGGAGUCUGUGAAGGUUAGAAGCACAUGGGUUAGACAUUUAUUUCCAAAAAAUCAUUUUUCACUCUUGAAAGUAAAUUCAGUCUGUUUUAAGUUUUAUUAGAAUUGUGUUCAGACCAAAAAAGAUCAUUUUAAAUUUGUUUUAUACAUCAGUUGUGGUAUCUAUGAGCUACAACAUGAGGUCAAAAACCUAAAAUAAAAGUCCACCAUUUUUAUUAGAGGACUUAUAAAGUCAUCAUAGUAGUUCAGGGGUAAGUCAAGCCAGUGGCUCAACUGAGAAAGUAAUGUUGAAUAUGCACUCUUUAAGGCUAUAUUGAAUUAUCGAAUGGUUGUCUCAUGUAGAUUUGGUAACAAAACAUCCCUAUUUUACAUUCAUCUGGUUGAAAUUAUCAUUGUUUUUAUAUUGCAGUAUACACUCACCGGCCACUUUAUUAGGUACACCUGUCCAACUGCUAGUGAACACUUAAUUUCUAAUCAGCCAAUCACAUGGCGGCAACUUAGUGCAUUUAGGCAUGUAGACAUGGUCAAGACAAUCUCCUGCAGUUCAAACCGAGCAUCAGUAUGGGGAAGAAAGGUGAUUUGAGUGACUUUGAACGUGGCAUGGUUGUUGGUGCCAGAAGGGCUGGUCUGAGUAUUUCAGAAACUGCUGAUCUACUGGGAUUUUCACGCACAACCAUCUCUAGGGUUUACAGAGAAUGGUCCGAAAAAGUAUCCAGUGAGCGGCAGUUCUGUGGGCGGAAAUGCCUUGUUGAUGCCAGAGGUCAGAGGAGAAUGGCCAGACUGGUUCGAGCUGAUAGAAAGGCAACAGUGACUCAAAUAACCACCCGUUACAACCAAGGUAGGCAGAAGAGCAUCUCUGAACGCACAGUACGUCGAACUUUGAGGCAGAUGGGCUACAGCAGCAGAAGACCACACCGGGUGCCAAUCCUUUCAGCUAAGAACAGGAAACUGAGGCUACAAUUUGCACAAGCUCAUCGAAAUUGGACAAUAGAAGAUUGGAAAAACGUUGCCUGGUCUGAUGAGUCUCGAUUUCUGCUGCGACAUUCGGAUGGUAGGGUCAGAAUUUGGCGUCAACAACAUGAAAGCAUGGAUCCAUCCUGCCUUGUAUCAACGGUUCAGGCUGGUGGUGGUGGUGUCAUGGUGUGGGGAAUAUUUUCUUGGCACUCUUUGGGCCCCUUGGUACCAAUUGAGCAUCGUUGCAACGCCACAGCCUACCUGAGUAUUGUUGCUGACCAUGUCCAUCCCUUUAUGACCACAAUGUACCCAACUUCUGAUGGCUACUUUCAGCAGGAUAAUGCGCCAUGUCAUAAAGCUGGAAUCAUCUCAGACUGGUUUCUUGAACAUGACAAUGAGUUCACUGUACUCAAAUGGCCUCCACAGUCACCAGAUCUCAAUCCAAUAGAGCAUCUUUGGGAUGUGGUGGAACGGGAGAUUCGCAUCAUGGAUGUGCAGCCGACAAAUCUGCGGCAACUGUGUGAUGCCAUCAUGUCAAUAUGGACCAAGCUCUCUGAGGAAUGCUUCCAGCACCUUGUUGAAUCUAUGCCACGAAGAAUUGAGGCAGUUCUGAAGGCAAAAGGGGGUCCAACCCGUUACUAGCAUGGUGUACCUAAUAAAGUGGCCGGUGAGUGUAUAUCACCAAAAUUGAAGAGAUUGCAAUCAAAAUUUUCCCUUUAUCGUACAGCCUUACGUAAGCCCACUAAGGUUUAAGUACUCACAGGUUAUGUUUUACCUCAGGAGACGGAGUUUGUUUGAUCUUUGUUUUAGUCUCUGAAUUUUUGGUACCUUUUGUGAUCUCAAAGGUUCUGGCUGAGUCUAACCCCUCUCGUUUCGGCUUCCUGUGGCGGUACUUCGAUGAGCUCCACCUGCUGCUGGACCUCCUCCUGCAGAACCACUUCCUGUCCCACUGCAGCGCCUCCUUCUCUGAGAACUUCUACGGCCUGAAGAGAGUUUGUGGGCGGGGCUUCCCUAUUCGUCUUGGGCUGCGCAGGAAGUCACACUGGCGCUCUCUUCUUCUUCUGUGCCUGGUGCCGUAUCUGCGGGCCAAGCUGGAGGUGACACUGGCGAAGCAGAGGGACGAGGAGGACUUCUCCAUCCGUUUGGCACAGAGCCGGAGUCAGAGGCUGUACCGAGCAGCCGUGGCAGCGUAUCCGUACGUCAGCUCAGCCUGGCAGGCCUGGAUCUUCUGCCAACAGCUGCUGUUUGUCUUUGGGGUCAUCAAGACCCACAAUCCCCUGCUAUGGCUCGCCAGGGUCAGACUGGCUCGACUUAAUGCUCAGGAUAUCAGGGACCUAGAGAUGAGGCAGAGCGGGACAGUAAACCCAGCUGGAGGAAGGUACGUGUCUGUGAGUUUUCGGUGUCGGGCUUUUAGUUUAUCUUACCACUGCUUGGUUUUUGGGCUCUCUUCGCCCUGCUUGAAGACUCACAGGCUGAAGAAGAAAUUUGUUCUUAAAUUCUACCGAUUUUGACAUUCACUUAAGCUUCCUAUCUAUUUGAUCUUGGCUAGAAAUGUCACAAAUUAGUCAAGUACUGAAUAAUUGAUUAAAAACAUAGUUAAACUGGAGGUUUGUGUUUGAUUUUCUAUUUAAGUAAAGCUAAACAAUGUGUAGUUUAUAAUGACCUUUAAGAAUGACAGUCAAAGGAGAGACAGUUUCAGAGGGAGGUAGCAGCUAUAGAGAAUUAUCAGUGUCUGUUUAAAGAGGUUACAUACACAGCCCACAAUGCUUUGCUCUUCUGUUGCAGCCUGGUGCAGAGGGCGUGGUGGUUGAUGUCUCAGGCGGCGAGGGGCGCGGCCCUGUCCCUCUCCACCUCUCUCUCCAUGGGUGUGUUUUUCCUGCAGUUCCUGGAGUGGUGGUACUCCUCGGAUAACCAGAACACCGUGAAAACCCUCACUUCCCUCCCUGCUCCUCCACCUCCUCUCCACCUGCAGCAGGACCGGAACAACCAGGACUCGCCCUCUGUUUCAGCCAAUCACAGCAGAGACUCUCAGCAGGACUCAGACAGAGAGAGCUGUCUGUUGUGUCGGCGACUUCGCACCAACGCUACGGUGCUGUCCACCUCUGGUUUUGUCUUCUGUUACCGAUGCAUCUACACCUUUGUGAAGGCAAACCACAGGUGCCCGGUUACAGGUUACCCCAGUGAACUCCAACACCUCAUCAAGAUUUACUCACCAGAGAGCUAGACUGUUUCAGCUGAACUCAGGGUCUGGAUCAGGACCAGCAUGUGUGGACUUUUUGAGUGAAAGCUACAGGACUGUCUGUGAUCGAUUGAUGACUGGAUUUUGAGACCUUUUUAAGUACCUGCUGUCGAGAUCUGAGUUUUUUGACCAAUGAAGGAAUGUUCGCCUGAUCAAGUAUGUUUGAGAAAGUUCAACAGUUUUUUCUGCCUGAAGAAACUGUCACAAAAACUUUGAUAUCAUAUUUUUAUCACUCCUUAAAACCCCUAUGAGGAAGCUUUUGGUGUGUGUCAAUUUUAGCAUUGAUUUUCUCCUGUAAACAUAUGAUUAGUGUUUAAUGCCCGUUUAUAAACAGCCAAAUGUGUCCCUCAAUGAGAGUUUCUGCUGUAGAGCAUGUGAAACAUGACUGCAUCAUCAGUCUGUGUUAUCGCCUACACCCUGCCAGUGUUUUUACAGAGAUUAAAAAUAUCCAAAUAAAAAAA